AUGGAGGUAAUCAGGCUCCUGAAGUUCUGGGCAGGAGAGGGAGAGGAUGCAGUGGUCGCUGUCCCUGAAUGGGAGGGUGCUGGCUUCCUGUGGCUGGCUCGCUAUAUCCAGCACAGCUUCCUCCCUCAGCUCCCUGAUGAUGCCCAAGAAUUUCUGCGUUGCUUGAUGGAUCAACUUCAUGAAGAAUUGAAGGAACAAGUUGUGGAGCAGAUUGAAGACCCUCUAUCUGCAGCCAUGGAAGAGCAAAUGGAAGAAGAAAACCUGUCUGAUAAUGAAUUUCAGUCUUGUGAUUCAUGUUCUGGCAGUGACAAGGCUGAUCCUGAGACAAACUCCAAGAUCUCAGCAGAAGACUGCAUGGAGGCCGAGAUGCUUGUGCAUGAAGAAAUAAAGAAUUGUGCAUCAGCUAAAGGAUGGCAACGGGAGCAAAAUCUGCUGCAUAAGCUUUAUAGGCCCAACUCCAGAGAUGAUUUGGAUAAAGACAUGGAUACUUCAACAGGUGCUGAUCAAAUAGUAGAGAGUGAUGGGACAGUCAAAGUGCAGAUACAAAGCAGAUUGCCAGAAGUUGCCUCUGAUGUGUCUAUGCGCAGUCCCUCAAGACCAAGCAGUUCUGUGUCCAAUGAAACAACAAAUGUGAGGCUGUCCAGCAGUCCACCCCGAUCCACUUCAGUGUGGGGCGGUCUUGUUUCCUCACAUAAAAAAGUUACCUCUUUCGCACCUCUUAAAAAGAGAAAACAGAUGAAAUACAGGAGCGUUAUCUCCGAUGUCUUUGAUGGCACAAUUGUGAGCUCGGUGCAAUGUUUGACCUGUGAUCGGGUAUCCACCACCUUGGAGACCUUUCAGGAUCUCUCUCUGCCUAUCCCAGGAAAAGAAGACCUGGCCAAGUUGCAUUCCUCAAGUCACCAGAUGUCCUUAGUGAAAGCAGGGUCAUGCGGUGAAGCGUAUACUCCACAAGGUUGGAUAGCAUAUGUCAUGGAAUACAUUAAGAGUUGGUUCUGGGGUCCUGUGGUAUCCUUGCAGGAUUGUUUGGCUGCCUUCUUUGCCAGAGACGAGCUCAAAGGUGAUAACAUGUACAGCUGUGAAAAAUAUUUUCAAUGCCACAUUGUGUUGUCAUUUCUAUUUCACAGAAAAAGCAGUGAGGAGAUGCAGAAAGAAAGGCAGAGAGUUGCUCAUCUACUGAAUAUGAUGGAACCUAGUCUGCUUCAGUUCUACAUAUCACGUCAGUGGCUGAACAAAUUCAAGACUUUUGCUGAGCCAGGUCCUAUUAGCAACAAUGAGUUCCUUUGUGCUCACGGAGGUGUCCCACCUCAGAAGGCCAGUUACAUUGAUGAGCUUGUUGUGAUGUUGCCUCAGAAUGUGUGGGACUAUCUGUACAGCAGGUAUGGAGGGGGGCCAGCUGUCAAUCAUCUCUACACCUGCCAAACCUGCCAGAUCGAGAUUGAAAAAGUAGAAAAGAGAAGGAAGGUGGAACUGGAAAUGUUUAUACGACUAAACAAAGCUUUCCAGGAAGAAGAAUCACCUUCUGUUAUCUACUGUAUUAGCAUGCAAUGGUUCAGAGAAUGGGAAGGAUUUGUCAAGGGCAAGGAACAUGAGCCUCCUGGUCCAAUUGACAAUGCCAAGAUAGCAGUCGGCAAAAGCAACCACAUGUCUUUAAAACAAGGAGCUGAUUCUGGCCAGAUCUCAGAAGAGACCUGGAACUACUUCUGUUCGAUUUAUGGAGGGGGCCCAGAAAUCACUCUGCGGCAGACUGUGAGCCAUCCUGAUACAUCUUGUGUAGAAGAGAAAAUAGAUGUUGAAAUACGUCCGGUGCAAUAAUGUCAAAGGAAAUAUUAAAAGUACUGCAACUGUGAUGAAUUAUGCUGGAUUCUAAGCAUUCCAGGGUGUGAUAUAUUUUUCGAAAAACAAUUUCUGCAGUGGCAUUAAUGAUUUGUGUUUUAGGGACAAUCACAAAGUUAAACCCUGUUAUGUAAAAUAGUUUGACAUAGGUUUUUGAUUUGUCUGAUAAACUGUCCUAAAAGUUUGGAGGUGUUUUCUCGUGGUAUGUGACGUAGCUUUGAUCUGUGAAAGGCCCGCACACUAAAAGUGUACUAGUGUGAAAUGGGUUGCUAAUAUUAAGUUGACUCAGGAAAGCACUGAUAUCUUUUUUGUUUGCACUGUACUGUAGAUGAAAAUUUAACAAUUUCACAACUAUUGACCAUGCUACUGUAAGCUGUUAAAGGAAUAUUCUCAGGAGAGCUUGCAAAAAUUGAGGCUUAAUGCAAUGUGGAGGACAGGCUAACUAACAGUAUUGUUCAUCUACAUUAGAAGCAAUAGAGAAAGCCAUUGCAUUGGUGCCAGUGCUAACUGUUUGACACCAGUUACUUUCUUCCUAUUUUACUACAAUUUUAAAAUAUUUAUUUUUUCCUAUUUUCAAUAUCACUACUUCAGUAGACACUUGUAUUAAACACGCCGUCUUUUGUGGACAAAAUUUCUUCCAUCUGUUCUCUAAUUUGAACUCUGUGUUCAUUUUACAAAUUUGAAAACCAAAUUUGAUCACCUUUCAUUGUUUACUAUGCUUUCACAAUACUGAAAAGCUUCUGUCUAAAUGAAAGCAGGGCAAUUUUCUGAACACCUGUCGAUUCUCUUCAGUUGGGGGUACUCGCACCUCUGAAUCAAUAGGUUGAGAGUUCAAACCUCAGUCUGCAGACCCGACACACAAUCAGGGCUGGGAUGACUGAAUUGCUACAUUAUUGGUGGUGCCAUCAGCCUCCUUUGUCACUUCAUGAGAAAGGGGUUUGUAUGGUUAACCCUAGUGUCUGCUGGCUAACUAGCGUACAACUGAGGUUGUCUACUUGGGUAUUGUCUACUGAAUAGAAUGGUUACAGCACAGGAGCCCAACUGCCCAGCUGAACCCCUUUCCGCAUGCUCUAAGCAAUUUAGCCAGUUCCACUUCCCCAUUCUAUCCUGUCAGCCUAUGAUUCUAUGCCUCCUUUCAGGUGCUCAUCCAGUUCCCUGUUAAAUUAAUUAAAUCAGCCACCUUCACCUCACUUUGUACAUUUCAUAACAUCAAUUACAGCAUCAAAAGUAUUUUCUCCCCCCACAUGUUGCCUUUCUUCGUCUGUAAUUCACCUUAAAACAGUGUCCUUACUUCUUGACCCUUCUACCAAUGGGAACAAGUGAGGUGAUAGUAACUGUCAUUAACAUCAAGAUACCAUUUGAUUUGAGUGUGCUGUCAAAGGACAUCAUGGUAGAGGUCAUUCCCAGCACAAACAAAGAUGGUUGUGGCUGAUGAACAAGAAUCCUCUUAGACCCAGAUCAUGAAUUUGAGGUUUCUCAGGGUAGGUGUCCUAGGCCCAGCCAUCUUCAGUUAUUUCAUCAAUUUCCAUUCCUUCGUCAGAAGUUCAGAAGAGGGGAUGUUCAGUAUGUUUUGUAACAACUGUCACUUGAAGUGCUACGGGCCAUAUGCUGGAAAAUGAGUAGACAAGUGCUUAAUGACCAGUGCGGGUAUGAUGGGCCUCUUUCUGUGCACCAAGACUCUGUGAUUAUGACCUCCAAUACUGAAAGCAGUCUGUGCCUGCAUGCUGCAAGACCUGGACAACAUUCGGGUUUGGGCUAAGUGGCAAGUAACAUUGGUGCAACACGUGAAUGAUCAUCUCCAACAUGAGAGAAUCUAACAAUUAUCUCUUGACAUUCAAUGGCAUUACCAUUGCUGAAUCCCUUUAUUCAAUACCUUGCUCAGAAACUGAACUAGACCAGCCAUGUAAAUGCUGUAGGUCAGCAGUUGGGAAUUCUAUGGUGAGUAACUCACCCCAACUUCCAUCUGAAAGGUACAAAUCAGGACAGGAAGGAAAUACUCUCCAACAAAAACAGAAAUUGCUGGAAAACUCAGCAGGUGUGGCAGCAUCUGUGGAGAGAUUGGGUCCAGUUACCCAUCUUCAGAACUGAAAUACUCUCCAGUUGUCUGGAUAAGUGCAAUUCCAACAACAUUUAGACCAGUUGCCAUUUGGAAUAAAGAUGUCAUUCAAGAGGAAGCCACACAAUAGAUCCACUGAAACAAAUGCUUAUGGUACUCCAUGAUCAGCAGUAUUAUCUCCAAGAUUCAGCACCUUCCAAACCUGUGACCUCUGCCACCUCGAAGAAUAAAGACAGCAGAUGCAUAGCAAUGCUACCACCUGAAAUGACCCCUCCCAAGUAGCACAACAUCUUGACUUGGGACUGUAUUAUGUUCCUUGCCUUUCUACUCUGUGCAUUGAUUUUAAAGGCCGGGUUAGUGUAAGCCUUUUUAAUCAAUUUGUUUUUAUCCUGUUCUGUAACAGUUCAUGCACAUGUAUCCUCAGGUCUCUCUCUCUUUUUGAACUAAAAUAGAGAGAGACCUGAGGACACGUGCAUGAACUGUUAAAGAACAGGAUAAAAACAAAUUGAUUAAAAAAGCUUACACUAUCCUGGCCUUUAAAAUAGCCUCUCUUUGUUUUAAUCCAUUCAUGGAAUUUGGACAUUACUGGCUGGGUCAGUAUUUAUUGCCCAUCCCUAAAUACCCAGAGGGCAGUUGAGAAUUGACCACAUUGCUGUGGAUCUGGAUUCACAUGUAAAAAGGUGAAGUUGCCAUAGUCUUACCACACCAUAGGGCUGCUUGAGAGAGAGAGAGAGAGAGAGAACCUGAGUGUCACCAUGCCUCAGAUGAGGGGCGGAGUUGAGAAGGAGAUUCCUUCAGGGUAUUCUCGGCUGGUGUGAGAAUUUGUACCGCAAACAAGCUGACUGACCCCUGGGAUUCAUGUGUAAGAUGACAGAUUUCCUUCCCUAAAAGACAUUAGUGAACUAGAUGUAUUUGUAUGACAGUCAGCAGUGGUUAUGUGGCCUCAAUAAGACUGCCUUUUUAUUCCAUAUUUUCAUGGAACUUAAAUUUAAUCAUUUAUCAAUGUGAGAUUUGAGUACAUGUCCCCAGAACAGCCUGGUAUUCUGGAUGACCACUACAUCAUGUCUCCCCAGAAAGGAAUCAUUACCAAAAAGUUAUCACUUUAUUCUGCAUCAAACUUCACCUGCUGUGUCUAUUCCAACAACCUGUGUCCUCCUCCAAGACUAUCACUGUCCUCCUCACGGUUCACAAUCUUUCCGUGUUUUGUCUCGUCUAUAGCUUUUGAUAUUGUGCCCUAUACAGCUAAGCCCAACUUAUUAACUGAGAUCAAGAUGAGCUGUGAUUGCAGUACAAACCUUUGGGAAACACACUAUAUAUUUCCUUCAGUCAAUAUAACCACUGUCCAUCACUACUAUUGGUCCCUUGUCUCUCAGCCAACUUUACACCCAGUCUAUAAGUGACACAGAUAAAAUGUCUGAUGAAGGGUCUAGGCCCGAAACGUCAGCCUUUCUGCUCCUAUGAUGCUGCUUGGCCUGCUGUGUUCAUCCAGCUCUACACCUCGUUAUCUCAGAUAAAAUGUUUGAUUGGUAUCUUUAGUGUAGGUAGGCAUGAGUUCAAUGUAGUAUUUCAGCAAGACUGUUUUCUUGGGAUCCAGACCCAAUCAGUUUCAUCAAUGUUCGAUUUGAUCUUUCUGGAUUCUUGCUGUGUGAAAAGCCACAUUGAGCCAAUUCCCUCCAAAAGUAAUUCACUGUAAGCAGAACAUUUUUGUGUAAUCGACAGACACUAAAAUUUUCUCUUGAUCUAUUCUCCCACGAUUUGAGUCCUGUGUUGCAACUGGAAUCCUGUCGUUGCUGAUUCCCUGAACGUUGUUUCUAAACACCACAAAUGAGAGAGUCUCCUAUCUCCAGCUUUCAUUAUCAUCUCUGGGACUGAAUGUGCAGAGGUGACAGACACUAAAAAGGCCAGUUGACCCCACAAGCCUGCGCUAUACCCUGAUGGCUGGAGCAUUGUGACUCUCAAAACCCAGUCACUGCCAACUGGUUGAAAUAAACUUCAAUGAUAUUGUCAUUAAUCUGUGGGCUUCCCACUGCAUGGACCAAUAAAGAGAAAUUUCUCAUCACAGUAACGGUGUAAACUUUAAUCUGCAACCAAAGGAGCCUCUAUUGGGUUUAGACUGAUAAAUGUGAAUCUUGUCAAACUUCUUGGGAGUAUUCCACUAAAAGUGCAGCUAAUUAUUCUUUAGGGUAAAGUUAUGUAAACAAAAAUGGUCCAAAGCUUGUUGGACUGACUAAUUGCUCUUGCACCACAACCUAAUUGAAUUGUUCAUUUGAAGCCAUUCUCCUUAGCAUGUGCCUCGAAAGAAUGUUCCAUUAAAUUAAAACCAUGCAUUAGCCAGAAUGUGACUUUUCUGUUUCUAACAGGAUUUUCCCUUGAGCUUUUUUGUAUUAAUUUAUUUUUUAAAAUGUGCAUGUAAAUCUUGACUGUGGCUGAUUUAAGUUGAACUUGCACUUUGAAGGAAUUAUGACUCUAACUAACUGUUUUUAAAAAAAAAUGCAACGAAUAAAAACUUGUGUAAGGAAUGUACAAGAAUACCUUGACAAAUGUAAUUAUACAAUGAUCGCAGUUAGCGGAAUCGGGCUCCCUCAACUCUUAGAACGAAGCACUCGUUCCCGUACACCUGUGCAUGUUAUGUUUGUGACAUUAGAAUCAUCAAUGUGAAAAUGUGCUGGACUGUCCCAGAAGUACAGAAUUGUGGAAGUAAGGUUGGAAUGCAUAAUAAGUGGAAGAUAUUCUGUUAGUCAUUUAAUGCUGUAUAGCAAUAGUGACUGCCUCUCUUGUUCAAUAAAAGAAAUAACAUGAACUCA